CCGAGCCCAUUCAUCCCGCAACCAUGCUCAGGCCCACCGCCGGCCCGCUGCACUCGGCCCAUCUCAUCCUCUAUCAGGUUUGGGCCCAACAGUCUGAAACAUGGGUUCUGGAUCACGUUGUCGUAGCCCGACAUCUUCGCUUUGCCACGUAUGGCCGCGAUCUCCUCUGCGGGGUCAGUAGCAGCCUGAGCCUGCCACGAGGCCCACCAGCAUCUAGUCCCACCCGUUCAGCCGCCGCCUGCCCUAGGGUGGGCGCCGUCGCCUCCCCUCCGGCCCCCGCCGCCGCCUCGCUAGUGGUUGGGACUCCCGUCGAGUCCCCAGCUCCUGUGGCCGCGCGCUGGCCGGCAACCGCCGCAUGGUCCACCCAGGCCACCGCCACCCCGCCUCAGUCACCGCCGUGGAGCCCCAACGCAGCCGCCAUCCUCCUCUGCUCCUCCUGCAUGUUGGUGAGGAGCUGCAUGAUCAUGUCUCAUUCGCGUCUGGCCUCCUCAACCUCUGUCUGCACCUCCUCCAUGUUGGAGUCGGUCUUCAACUGCAUCGCCAUGAUGGUGCGCAUCGAAGCCUUGAGAUCUUCAUUCUCGGUUUCGUUCACCACGACGCCUUCACGCCGCUUGUCUCCUUGUGGCGAGGAAACCUGAUCUGGGUCGCCGCCGCCUUGGAUCCGACAUCAGACUUCUCUGCGGGGGAUUUGGUGAUACCCAUGGUCUCGCUACCCGUCCCGAUGUAGAGUUGCGACAAACUCAAUAGUCGGAAUCGGGCUCUGAUACCAUAUGAUAGAAACCCGUAUUUCGGGUUCUAUCUGAUAAUAAGAAAAGAAAAGGGAUUUG